GCGCCACUGGAGAGAAGGGGACGACAUGGCACUGUCACAGUGUUUAGACGACUCCCCUCUGAGAUUUGAGUCCAGACACGGCGCGGGUAGCGAGCUGAACCUACAGGAGGCCUACAACGAGAGACACCGGCUGGCGCUGGAGGAGCUCCUGUCGGGAGGCCCCCAGAACUUUCUGGACUUUCUCAGCAAAGAAAGAAUCCCAAACUUUCUGUCGGACGAUGAGAUCCAGCAGCUCCGGGGCUCGGCCGUGGCCCCGCGGUGCGUGUCGGUCCUCCACGAGGAGGAGCAGCCGCUGGAGCAGUCUCUGGACUGCUCCUCUCUCACAUAUUUCCCAGAGGUGUCGGACGUGGAGCCUCCGGUGCUGGAGAUGGGCUGGCCCGCCUUCACCUCCGGUUCUUAUCGGGGAGUCACACGGGCCGUAGCGCACUUCCAGCCCAGCUACGGUGAGAACAUUUACAGCUGCAAGGACGCUGCCAGGCGCAUGAUUAGGAGCGCCAAGGAGGUGAUUGCCAUAGUUACAGACUCCCUGACAGAUCUGGAUGUCUUUAAGGAUCUUCAGGAGGCAUGCUGCCAUCGUAACGUCCCCGUUUACAUCCUCCUGGACCAGUCGUGCGCUCCUGCUUUUCUCAAGCUGUGCAGAAAUAUCAGCGUUCGGGUGGAUGACCUUCGGCUCAUGAGAGUGCGAACGAUAACGGGAACUACGUACUACAUGAGAUCAGGAUCGCGGAUAACUGGCAAAGUCCAUGAAAGGUUUAUGCUUAUCGAUGGGAAUAGAGUGGCUACAGGCUCCUACAGGUUCAACUGGACUGAUGGAAAACUGAACAGCAGCAACCUGAUUGAACUUUCUGGCCAAAUCGCAGAGAAAUUUGAUGAGGAGUUCCGUAUCCUCUAUGCCCAGUCUCUACCUGUAAACAUUCGGGGAUCCUUGAGUGUUCACCACAGUGGCACGUUUGAGCAUCUCCUCAUCAAACAUCCCAUGUCCUCCUCCCCGCAGACUGCCAGACAGAAGCCUGUGGAUCUCAUCUGUCUGACCAGCACGCCGAGCCGUAUGCCCCAAACACUGGCUGUGCAGCCUGAGUGUAAACCGCCGAUUUGGGAGGCAGGUGGUGGAAGCAGUGUGGUGUCAGACUCCUCCACAGUCGGUAAGGGUUGGAUGGAGCAGCAGCACAUACAGGAGGAGAUCCUGGCAGGCAGCACAGCUCACCAUUUCCCUGUAGACAAACGAGGAGAAACUGAGCUGAUGACCCCCACAGCCACGUUCUGCCACAUUUCCACACAGACCAGUCAGUCAGUGGUGAACACUGACACCCAGACUGACCCCGAAAGUUGCCCCCAAGCCACAAAACAUCCCAACAACUUCACAUCCAUUGACAUGGCCCACAAGAUGACAAGCACUGGCCCGGGGGAGGCCACCUCACCCUCCUCUAUUUCUGUCUUUGCCUCUCGCAAGCGGACCUCCUACAACCAGAUGAGUCCAGGUGGCUACAAGGACUACUUCCAGAAGCUGACCAAUGAGCGUCAGUACCACUACAACGUUAUCCGCACCAAGCUUGGGCACAUGGUGACAAUGCUGAACCAAAGGCGAGAGUUAGCGGACGUCACAAACAUGGUUCAGAGCCCUGGUGGUAAUGAUAGGGCAAGGGAACAGAGAGACUGUGGGCAGGGCCCAAAUGCCAGGCUGCUUGUUGAAAAGGCAAGCAUGGGCACAUGGCCAAGGGCCAGAUGUGUACGCUAGUAUGUUUCUGGUUUCAGGGAUAGCAGGUUGAGGGGCAAGAAGUCUUGGAAAGUUUCUCUUGGUUAUUUGGUAAAUGGAUUUAUUUUUAAUAAUUUUAUCCAUUAAUUCCAUUAAUGGACAGAGGAGGGCACCAGUUAUAUGAUCACACCUGUCAGUUUGUGGAUAAUGGAGCAAAAAAAUUAAUUGUUGGAUUUUUAUGGGGAGAUGGUUCUUGGGCUAGGGAAGAGUUAAUUCAGUUUUGGUGGUGGUCUGUAUAGGAAUCAAUGGUUUUCUUUGGUCUUUCUUUAGCUUUCUAAAAAUAUAGGGGUUCUUCUCUCCCCUCUGGUCCCCUAAAGGAUUUUUUUUAAACAGCUUAGAGGAGGAAAGCCACCAAAUGUGUAAUGUGUGUAUUUGAAGAUUGACUAAACGAGCAGCAAAAUGUUUACUCCAGCCACAGCUGUUGGUUGAAUUAAAGGUAAUAUUCUGAAAUGAGCUUCAUCAAGAACCUAGUAGGAAGGCUGCUAUGUUAGUGCAAUAAUACUGUAACCCCAUGAAUGAGGCAGGUAACUGAUAACUAACAAGUUGACAUCAGUGGGGAUCAUUUAUUACAUUUUGUUUUCCCUUCUUCCCUGGCUGUGGUCAUAAUGCACAGUGUAAUGCCAGACUCAUAAAUGAAAGACUCCUAACCUGUUAAAAAUAUUUCUGUCGGGUGAGUGAACUUUUUUACCCAAAAGUGCAGCACAAUUAAAGGCAUACAGCCUUCAGUUUUUUAAGAUUUAAGUCAUAAAGCAGUUUUCUUUGGGGAAAAUUUCACAUGAACAGACGGCCUUGGACUACUUAACACCAGCGACACAUACACUCUGUUACAGUGGCGUCACCGUUCACGUGGGGCUUCCUCCGAAUUUCAUGAGGAAUUCCAGGAAGCACACGGUAAGCCAGUCAAUACUGAAAGGCACAGCGAUGUCCACUGGUUGUUUGCUUGGGGGGGGGGAAAAAACAUGGUAGAAAGCGUACUGAAAUGGCUUAUUUCUGUGUAAAUCUAACUUCACAUUUUUAUGUUUCUCAUAUAUUUUGCAAAAGUUAGCGAGAAAUAAAGACUUCUAGAACUAAAAACUCUGUUUUUGUAACCAGGUAACAGCUCUGGCAUGAUUUACAAGACAUCUCACAAACAUCAGCGUGCACACCAUGGGCCUCAUUUAUCAACAUUGUGUAAAAACAGGCGCAGAUGUGAGCGCAUAAUUGGUCUUACGACAAGACACGUGUGAUUUAUGAAACAUUUGUAUCUGACCAAUCCCAGCGUACAAAUGAUCGGCUCUUAAUAAAUGCGCCGGCUGAAUUUAAUCGUCAUUAGCAUGUUACGCCCUUAAAUAUUCAUGAUUCAGAAGCCUCGCCCACUGAGCUCAACGUGGAGAGAAGAAGCACCGGGAAGAAGAAAAACUUUUCGGAGAUGGAAGUCGACAUCCUAACAUCGGAGGUGGAGAAAAACAAACUUGUACUUUUGGCAGUCUGAAAAGUGGAGUCAAAGGCGCUCAUAAAAAUGCCGUGUGGAAGAGUGUAACGGAGGCGGUCAACAGCGUUGCUGCAGAGGAACGGACUCUGGCUGAGGUUUGAAGAAUUCUUUCACUUAACCUAUGCCUAAUGAUUUUGAAUCAGUCUUUUAUGCACCCACAGUUAAAAGCUUAUGCCUGCUAAUUGAUUAAGAAUUCUUUGCAUUUAGGUCAAGAAAAAGUGGUCCGAUUUAAAGCUGGCCACCCAAAAGUGUUGCGGCACUUAAGCGCAGCAUUGGGCAUUUUAAUGUGCAAUGAUUAGUUGUCAUGUUUAGGCUAUUUAGCAUAUGUAUUUUUUAUUUUACAAAGGAAGCAGUAUCCUUAAAAACAUGGGCUUUUUUUUUAUUAAUUUUUGUUUAAUCCAUUUUAAGAAUCCGUUUUGAUCUGUUCUGAAUAUGUGGCUGCUUAUGCUUGGAUGACAGCUGAGGUUUGUUUCAUAAUUAUUUUCAGAAUCAGACAGAUUUUGUAGUGCUGCACUGCAAAUCCACAGACUCAGAUUUGCGUAUACGAGCUCAGACCAGACGUGAGCUCUGUCGUGAGAUUCGUCUUAGCCUCCACUCACGUCCAAAUUGAUAAAUGCCGAAGUUUACCGAGAGAGAAAAUGCAAACUGCAGAUACACUUGGGGGAGGGGUGCGCAGAGACUAUGCCCUCAUCAUGCUGUCAAAAUCUACACCAACCCCUAUUUAAUAUGUCAUAAAGGCCUGCAGGUGCCUGCUGUUCUCUGGUUUGGUGGAGGUAAUUAUUCCUCUACUGACAGAGGAAUGUGCUCUGUGAGCACCUGUCUUUUUCUGCAUGCAUUAUUUCUCCAAACUUGGUGGAAAAAGUUCAAUUUUAUCUGACUGUGAAGCACUUUGGCCGCCCUCUGGGCUGUGGAAAGGGCUACAUAAAUAAACUUUGAAUUUAACCUGGAGUAAAAGUCAGCACUUUGUGAGAGAGUCAACAAAAAUGUGAUGUAAAAAGAAUAAAACAUGAAUAAAUAGACAUUUACCAGACAGUUUUCAGUGCAACUGAUCUGUGAAAUUGUGGGUGGAUCCAAGUCUUGUGUGUGUGUGUCGGGGGGAUUUUAAACAUUUGAUAACUCCAUAAAAUCUGGUAAAAGUUUUGAGGGCUGAAUUUCAGGGCAGGUUUUAAUGUACAUCACAGCAAAGGGUGGCAGAGUCCUACAUUUAGAUGUCAAAGUGCCCCCCCGAAAAAAAAAAUUGUCCACACAAAUUUGAAGUCAGGUUAUUGAAUAUCCCUGCACACGGUGGCUGACACUGGAAAAUAUUUGUUAGGAAAGAAAAAUAUUUCAAACCUUGUCUGUGCAUAUAAAUAUAUAUAUAUCGCUGUCUUGUUAAUAAAGGAGUACUUAGUUA